AUGGCUACAAGAAGAUUACAAAAGGAACUUAGUGAUAUCAAGUCAUGUGGAAUAAAAGCUUAUGAUCAUGUAGAAUAUGACGAAAGCUGUCUAUUGCAUUGGACAAUUCUGCUUGUUCCAGAGAAAGAGCCAUAUAACAAAGGUGCCUUCAAAAUCAACAUUGAUUUUCCUGCUGAUUAUCCAUUCAAGCCUCCGAAAAUUCUUUUCGCUACUAAGAUUUAUCAUCCUAAUAUUGAUGAGUUCGGCAAAUUCUGUUUAUCUAUAAUCACGCCUGAGAAUUGGAAACCUGCUACUCGUACGGAGCAAGUGUUGAUGGCAAUCUUGGGUUUGAUUCAAGAACCUGAACCAGAGCAUGCUCUCAGAGCUGACUUGGCUGAAGAAUAUACAAAAGAUCCAAAGAAGUUCUUUAAGAUGGCAGAAGAGUACACGAAGAAACACGCAGAGAAAAGGCCCAGUGAUUGUCCAUGA